AUGACCUGGUCCACGUCCUUUCUCGUGGCUACUUCUUUGCUCUCCAUCAUCAACUCGGUCCAUGCUCAACUAACAGGAUCUGUUAGACCCCUGACCUCCGUUAUAGAUAAGGCCGCUGUGAAGACCUGCAACGUCUGCGACUACGGAGCCAGCUCGGACAACACCACCGGUGUGGGACAGCCCAUUAUCGACGCCUUCACCGACUGCGGUAGCGGUGGUCUCAUUCACGUCCCUGAGGGUGACUAUCUUUUGAAAGACUGGGUCUCUUCGGAAAACGGCUCCGCGUGGUCUAUCCAGCUCGAUGGCGUGCUCCACUGGGACUCCUCGCCUUCCGCCCAGUCGUACAUAUUCGCGAUAACCGGUGGCAGUGACUCUGAGCUUUCUAGUUCAAAUGCAACGGGUGCAAUUCAAGGUAGCGGUUACCUUUACCACCGACAUAAUACGUACACUAGUCCCCGGAUGCUGUACAUUUCCGGGUCGUACAAUAUGGCUAUCUGUGGUGGUGAUCACGGUGGUCUGGAUGGCAUUGAUUUACCAAACUCCCACAACUUCCUGAUCGAGAACAUUUACUGCAACCCCAGUGGCGGAUGCGCCAUCGGAUCCCUGGGUUCCAGUGUCAACGUCACCAACAUCCUCUACCGCAACGUCUACACCUGGGACUCGAACCAAAUGAUGAUGAUCAAGAUCAACGGUGGCUUAGGCAAUGUAUCCAACAUAGUGUUUGAGAAUUUCAUCGGCCACGGAAACGUCAACUCCCUCGACCUCGAUAGUUACUGGAGCAGCAUGAACGCUAUCGACGGCGUCGGCAUCUACUAUCACAACAUCACAUUUUAUAAUUGGACGGGGACCGCCAUCGACGGUGAAACUCGGCCGCCUAUUCGGGUCAUCUGCCCUGAAGACAUGCCCUGUACCGAGAUCACGCUCGUCCAGAUUGACUUGUUGGGCUACUGCCUUGACUCUGCUACUAGCACCUUGACUCCUUACACAACCACUACUUAUUGGAACUCUGCUUCAACAGGAUACGAGGCGCCCACUAUGGCUGAUGAUUUGGCCACCGCGUUUGGUACAACGGCGUCUAUUCCUACCCCUACUACCCCGGCUUCGUUCUUCCCCGGUGUUGCGCCGGUUAGCGCCGUAGCUGGGAGUUCUUGA